AUGCCUGUUGUUUCUGUGCGUAUUAAGGCAGAAAGUGUAAAAUUAAACUGGAUUGGUGUUCCUGUACCUAAAAAUAUUACAGUAAGACGGUUUUAUGAAGAUCUUAUUGCAGGAAACAUUGUUCCUGAGGUGCAGUUGAAUCAUAAAGAUCGUCUGCAACCAGUUAAAGUAGAGUUUUCAUUUAACACAACUGGGCCUUUUAAUGUUGUUAGUAUGGAAUGUAAUAUGAUCGAAGCAAUUGAAGCUUGGGGAAACAGAGUGCAGUAUUAUCAAACAGAUA